AUCAACAGGUGAACUCAUCAAGAGGGUCAAGCUCCCAAGAUGCUCGCCGAUAUCAUCAGGCUGAUGCGCUCGUGUUCUGCAUCCCUCUUCGUUUCUUUCUCCAAUACGUUUUUACGCGUCUUCCGUUUGAUUUUUGUCGGCAGGAUUAAUGAUCUUCCUGUAGACAACGCACCCGACGUUGAAGCCGAAGCCAGCCUCAUCCUUCGCGAAUUCCCUCUCCUGACUGACGACCAGUACAAACAAUCAAGGAAAAGUUUCAUCAAAUCUCUCGAUGACAAUGCCCUCUGCGCGCUGGCAUCCCGCUAUAACAACGGUAAAUCUUGCCGGGUAGUCGGCAAAGCAAGUGGCAGCUUCAACGUUUGCGUAUUCAUCGAGUUCUACGAGGAUCGUGCGAAAUGGAUCGUUCGAAUUCCAAUAGAGCCGGCUUUCGAUGAUGCAUGGAUCAAACUUGAGAGUGAAGUAGCAACAAUGCGAUAUCUCAAGUUGGAAACCCAAGUUCCUGUCCCUAUUGUCCAUGCCUAUGGACGCGAUGUCUGCCUGACAUCAGAAAAUGAGCGAACGCAGAUGUUCUUGAUCACAGAAUUCAUCCACGGCUGUUCGCUAAACAAAAAGCUCCUCAUCAACGCCAAAUAUGAACACAGGACAAGGUUCUUCUCGCAGCUCAUUGAUAUCUUGGCCGAACUGAGGAGACUUGAGUUUCCCGCCAUAGGCUCUCUGACACCAAGCUCCGACGGUAGUCCUGGUCCUGAUGUAGGACCGGUCAUCUCUAUGUCUGCUGUUACCCUUCGACAGCCUCAUCACAGGACACUCUCUCUGGCUCAUCGAUUACCUCACAAACCCUUCGCCUCUACUGUGGACUAUAUGGAAUACCAAAUCAAUCUUGUAUCUGACUUCAUAUCCAUUCCGGUUGCCGAUCUUACGGAAGACGACAUCAAAGAAGAGAUUGCUGCGUUCUACGCCAUGAAAGAAGCAGUUCGCGAGCUCGGCGGCCGCUCCGCAGACGGAGAGCCAUUUGUUCUUCAUCAUCAGGACAUGCGAGGCGCCAACAUCAUCGUUGAUGAUGAACUCAAUAUCCGGGGUAUAAUAGAUUGGGAGUUCACUAGCACGAUUCCGCGUCGAAUCUUUACUCCCCCUUCUUGGAUCACUGGGCAUGAUCCAGACGAGGGCAGCGAAGAAACGCAUGCUGAAUUCUUCGAUAUUCUAGUCAAGAAAGGCAAAGCGGACGGCCGCUUUGCAAAGCUCAAACAAGAGUGGUACGGUGAUGGCGGCAUUGACCAAAAAAACCCAGCAUUUUGCAUCGCACAUGUCUUCCGUCGACCACCCGACGUGUUGGACAUCUUCUCUCCCCUAGAUGAGUCAGGCGAGAGCUAUAAGGAACAAUUGUCUGGCUUUUUCACACAAAGUGUCACUCUCACGCAGCUAGUGCAAAGUCGAGUGGAGCAGUGUGGUCGAUAUACAGAAUGGCUCAAACAAAACGAUUUGUACAUCACAGAAGUUGAUAGUCUGCUUGCGAGAUCAGAGGCAUUGAAGGCAAAAUUCCAGUGA